UUCCCAUUUGAUUUACCGUAAAGCGCAUAAACCAGUCUAGCGAUCAGUUUUGACUGCUCUGUCUGGCUGUACUCAGAAAGGAUAUGACACUGAACUAAUUUCCGGUGUCAGUGUUGUUUCCGAAAAUCUAAAUCAUGUCCGAAGAUCAAGCGUAUUUUAAAAUUUCAGUACCGAGUUUGACCAAAACAAGUGCCUUUUUACCUUCUUUUGGGGCGCUUUUUUGCAUAUUGUAUUCUGUGAUAUUUGAUUUUGAACAUUCAACAGCUACUCAUUGCAAGGUUCCAAACUUUUUGCCGACAAUAAGUGCUGCGAUUGGAGAAAAACCACAAAUAUAUGUGUGGAGAAUAUGUAUCUGCCUACACUCGACACCACGGAUCCUGAUGGCUCUGUCGUAUUACAGGUUUCACACAAAUGUUCAUGUCGGAAAGCAUCAGCAGCUCUACACCAUACUGGCUGCUUCAUGUUCAUUUCUGCAUAUAUGUGAAAAUUUCGCUUUAAUAGUUUUGACCUACGUUUCAUCUUCAGAAAAUUAUGGGAUCCAUGAAAAAGCUUUUAUUUUAUUUAUGGUCUUUUCAAUGGUGUACAUGUGCUUGACCUGUAUGCUUUUUGGAUGGGGUCGAACAGCAAAUGGAAGACACAUGACAGUCACGGAAAGAAGAUCUUAUCAUUAUAAAAUAUCGCUUUUCGUGAUGAAUGUUUCCUGUGCGAUGCUCGCCGUUUACCUGUUCCUGAGACAUAACACCUAUUGUGAACCCGGUGUGCAUGCUGGAUUUGCAGCAUAUGAUUAUUUCACAAUCUUUACCCACAUAGCGUUCAGCUUGACUGCCAUAUUGGAUUUUGAUGACCUUCAGUUGUCUUUGAAAAAUUCUCCAAAGAAGUCUAACUGAUGUACAGUCAGUUCGCGUUCUGUGAAUACCUUGUGGUUUUUACUAACAUUCUGUAUCACCUGACUCAGUGUUUGGAUUAUAACAGAACUUGGCUUGUCCUUGGCAAAUAACAGGCACCGUUUCCAGCCUCACUGAAACAUGGUACAGGAUUCCAUGUUAAUACAUAUCCUGUGUUAAUCAUUCUAUGUAGGAUGUUGUUGUAAUUUAUCUGCAGGGACAGCGUGAAUGUGAAACCUCCGUGAUAGCUGGAACUGCGUUAUGCUUUGAAAUACCUGUACUUGGAUAAUGUGCAUAUUUUGUAAAUAGGUUAUCUCCCUUCAUCCACCUUACAUGUUUGUCUUUAUCAGUCUGUAACUUCUCAUUCCAGUAAAAUAUAAAAUCUCUGUACGUGAGCUCAAUAUCAAACUACAACAUUUACAGACUGUGUGUGAUACACAUAUUUGCUUUGCAGGAUAUUGGAAAAGAUUCUCAGAACUGGGAUAGACCUAUUUCAUAUUCCCAUAUAUUUAGAAAAUCUUAAUAAAAAUUGUACUAUGUAAAUGUCUGGCGAAACACACACGGGUAUUAAUAAGGUCUUUAUCAUAUAAGAUCAACUUAACACAAUCUGUUUUUGUAAAUUGUGCACACCACUAUAAUUACAGUCAGUCAUUACUCGAUAUUCAAAUGACUAUGAAUAUAUGACAUGUCUUUUUGAAUGGGAAUGAAGUAAAAUUUGCAUGACAUAAUUUUUAAUAUCCUUACAUAAAAAUAAACUAGUAUAUGUAAAUUUGCUAUUGAGUUUUUACAAUGUUUACAAUAUAAAGUAAUCCAAUUGUGAUUGCAUUAGAAAAUAUUGUUUUCUAUAUUCAUAAAGUCACUGCAUAUGAAAAUAUACCAUUUCAUGUUUAUGAAACAAAUGAGUCAAAAUUUUCCUGACCCAUGUUAUCUGACUCAUGAAUUAAUGAAAUUGAAGUUCUGGCUAAAGCGAACAACAAACCAAAUAUCGUCUUUUUAAAGUCAGCCAAUCAGUGGCUGUCAAAGCAGUAAGCACACUGUGCAAUUAUUGAAAAUAAUAUUACUUCAGAUAUUUUACCCCAUAUGGGUAAUAAAUACAGAUAUUUAUAUUCUAAGAUAAUUAAAUAUAACAAAAAAUAAAUAGAGCAAAGAAUGGGCUGAAAUAAUUAUAAUGGCAACAGAAAUACCAAAUAAAGUUGUAUGCCACUGACUGAUGCAAAUGAUAGUAACAAGUAAAUAAAUUAAUAAAAAUCCUUAUCUUUGUUUUGGAAAUAACAGAGUUUGCAAAUGAAGUUGUAUGUGACUGAUACAAUUUACAAAUUAUAGUGAAGAGUAAAUACAUUUUAAUAAUAAUAAUAAAUACAUUUAUCAAUUAUAAUUUGUGCACAGGCAUGUAGCAUCGACAAAUAGUCCUAUGAAGUAUUUAUAAUUUGCCUGUUUCACAUCUCCUAUGAUUGUAGUUGCAUUGCAUUUAGCAACUGUCAUAGUUGCCCCUCAAUGUGAGAUCUUCCAUGAUGCUGCAGUUUGAUUUGGCAAGUGACGUUACUGUUUGUGUAUAUAUGUAGAUAAAAUGUGAAAUAGGUCUAUAUUUUUUACAUCACUACCACAUUUUGAACAACAAAUUUUACUGUUUUGUUAUACAUUUGUGUAUUAUAAAUAAAAUAUUUUUAUUCUUAA